UGAACACGUGCCAUGCGAUCUUCCUGUGUGCCUUGAACGCACCACCGUUCAGUGUCACCUGAAGAGCUCAUUUACAUAUUCUCGCCUGUCCGAAAAAGCCAAAAAACGCAACCCGGCGAACCAUCUGUUAUCGUAGAUUUUGUGCAACAAGUGAAUGUGGACUCCUUUUCGUGACGUGGCUUGACAACGCGUUUCAUCCAAAGUCUCCAAAUUGGCAGCGUUAGCAAACAUUUCAAAGUUGGGCAUUGUUCGAAAUUCGCCUUGUUCAACACGAUUCAGCCUGGCGCGAAGCCGAAGACAUUUGGCUUUGACACGCCACUAAAAUGCAAAUCAAUGAUCCGAGAGCAACUGUCGGCGGCAGCUCGACGCUCGUUUAGCCUUCGAGUGUUCCAGAAGGUCGGCAACGUUCGCGACACUUGCUGACGAAGGCUCCGAAUAAAGACACAAUUGCCACUUGGAAGCAAUUAUGGCGACGAAUAAAGCCCCCGCGGGGACGGGACGAGCGGGAGAGGCCGGCGGCAUUCCAGGGAAGAGCUUCCAGGUCCCGGCCAAGCACGGCCCCGUGCCUACUCCAGGUGUUUCCCAGGGCCAGGGCCACCAACCCGCCUCCUCGGUUCAGGCCCCCCUGACGUCGUCCUCCGCCAUCAUGGUGGUAACGGCCAAGGUCGCCAAACCGGUUCUGACUGCGAGCCAGGCCGCCGUGACCCCGACCCCGGCCUCGGCCCAGAGGAGGACGGUGGUGAUAACGGUGCCGAGGCCGGCCGGACCGCCUUUGCCCGUGGCGCCUCGGCCCGCCAACAUCCAGAUCCCACCAGGUAUGAUGCUGAUCCGCAGUGACAGCGGUCAGCUGAUGCUGAUGUCCCAGCAGGCUUUGGCACAGGCUCAGGCACAGCAGGGAGCGAGAUCUGGCAACAGCCCGGCGAGCGGAAUUCCGGCCUCACAGGCGACAUCCGCAAGUCAAAGCAACGAGAAGGUGACGAUGAUCAGGAUGACGGCUUCUGCGACUUUCCAGCCGGCGGCGGUCCAGAACACGGCCAUGGUCAAGGUGAUCGGCAUGACUCCCAAUCCAGCCGCGGUUCCGACCCGCACCGUGGCAGCUGAACACAGGGCUCCUUUUCAGCCGGUCACCGUGGAAACCAAGAAAGAGCCCCCUCCUGCGUUUAGUCAGGAGACGCUGGAGAGCGUGAAGAAGUGCAAGAACUUCCUGGUGACGCUGAUGAAGCUAGCGUCCAGCGACUCAAAGUCUGCCAACAUGGCCAACAACGUCCGGGGCCUGGUCAGGAGUCUGCUGGAAGGCAAGAUGGAGGCGGAGGAGUUCACGCAGGCGCUCUAUCGGGAGCUCAAGUCCACACCGCAGCCCUGCUUAGUGCCCUUCCUCAAGAAAAGUCUCCCAGCAGUGCGUUGCCUCACCGCAGACCCGCAGGCAUUCAUCCAGCAGGCCUGCUCCUCCUCCUGCACCCCUGCUGUGAAGAAGCCCAAUGUGGACCCAGCUCCAAGUCCGAAAGCCCUCCAUCAGGUGUCAAGUGGAGCGAGCGCGUUGCCCCAGUCCAGAACUUUGGCCUGCAAGAGCUUCCGAACCAUUUCUACCCCCGAAGUCACCCCGGUCCAGAUGGGAAAAGCCUUCUCAGGAGGGUUCUCCGUGAGGCAACCUUUUGCUCGAGAUCCUCCAUGCGCCCCCAGACUUGCUUUCAGGGACACUUCAGGCUCGUACAAAGAAGACGACGACAUUAACGACGUGGCGUCCAUGGCGGGCGUCAACCUGCGCGAGGAGAACGCUCAGAUCCUGACCGGCGCGGUGGGCUCGGUGGUGCGGUCGUGCCAGGAUCAGCUCUUCCUGUCCGCCGGCCCCGCGCUGGGCCGCUUCCUGCGCGCGGGACGCCCGCUGGGGGUGACGGAAGUGGGCCCCGAGGUGGUGGCUCUGGUCUCUCACGCCACUCAGGAGUGUCUCCGCGGCCUCCUGGAGAAGCUCACCGUGAUGGCGGAACACCGGAAGGCGGCCCUGAAGGAGGACUCGUGGCACGACAAAGUGAGCGACGUGCGCUCACAGCUGCGUUUCCUGGAGGAGGUGGACGCUUUGAAGAAGAGGAGGAAGGACGAAGAGGAGAGGGACAGGCUGAUGCGUUUGGCCAGGAGUCGCUCCCACCCUGACGAUCCGCUGCAGCAGCAGCUGAAGCAGAGAGCAAAAGAGUUACAACAAAUGGAAGAAGCUCAGCUGCAGCAGCGAGAAGCCAACCUCACCGCUCUGGCGGCCAUUGGCCCGAGGAAGAAGAGGGGGCUCGCCCGCACGGAAGGCAACGUGUCGCUGGCGCCCAGGCAGCGCGUGAGUCGCGUGACGCUGCGAGAUCUGCUGCUGUGCAUGGAGCACAGCCAAUUCCUGCGACGCUCACUCACGUUCUACAAGGCCAUGCUCUGACAACUCCACCCGUUUGGUGCCAUCCUGACAACAUUCGGACAACUCCACCUGUUUGGUGCCAUCUUGACAUUCUGACAACUCCGCCCGUGAGGUGCCAUCCUGACAACAUUCUGACAACUCUGCAGAGCUGUCUUGAGAUACAAGUUUCAUUUGUUCCACGAUCACACUUGUAACGCAAAACCCUUAAAAGCUCUUUUCUCAUUAAAGUGAAUGGAAAGGCCAUUCAUCUGUUACACAAGUUAAACAAGUAAUGUAAUUAAAUAGAAUGUAAAGAGUUAAAACAGCUUGUGCAUCACAAUUUAAUGCUUCAAUUCCUUUUGCUGCUGCUCCUGGUGUGGCCGCCUUGGGCCACCGGGGGGCAGUAUAACAUUUUCAUAAAGACAAAUGAAGAGCCACUGCUAUUUUCAGCAAUGUGAAUUACUGAUGCUCAUUAUCAUGGCCAUGAAAAAAAGAAAUGAAAAAAAUCCCCCCCUAAAAAAUCGUGAAUAAGGAGGUCUGAAAAGUAAUAUGUGGGAUUCCAAUGUAUCAAACAUUUUUUUCGCAGAGGAUAAACAAUACGUGUGUGCCCUUAUUGCUUUAUUGUCUGUCUACAUGUGUUUCCGCAUCAAUGCUACUUUUGUUCGUCCGUCAGUGGCUUUUUCCAUUGUAUGUUAGCAUUAAGCUAGCGGGGUCAUUCUUAAGGCAGAGGGUUGUUUUAAAUCCACAAUGUCUUUGUUUCACGUUUAGUCGGACGUGAAGAAUUUCUGAUAAACUGCUGCUCGUUGUGAAGCGAGUUGACUUUGCUCCUACCUCGCACACUUGAAUCACAAAUUUUUGCUCGCAAGUCAAAGCCAAAAAAAAAUCACCCGAACAACAGCUCAUAUCUCAAAAGUUGCAAGUCUCAAGGCACCACUGUAAUAACACAGAUUGACGUGUAGGAUUUUGUGUUUAUCAAAUAUUUUUGUUGUGUUCACGCUUAUGUUGAAGCUGUUUUGACAUUGUUUUGCAAAGAGCAAUCUGUUUCAUUAAAAAAACUUUCA